UUUAGCAUUAGGACACAUCAGCUUUUCUAAGGACCUUAAAUGGUUCAAAGAAAAGCAGUAAAGUUUGAUAUAGGCUUAAAAUUUUAAUAUACCUUUUAGGCCUGCUUAUUCUGGGAUAUCUUUGUUUUUAACUGUUAAGUUUGAGAUCUGCCUUUUAAAUUGGUGUUUGUAGAUAAUAUUUUUUGUAAGCUCAUUAAUUUAGAUUUACCUACUAGAAGAUGUCUUACUUCCAGCCCUCUGUGAUGAAUAAUUUGUGUACCUUUUCAUGAACCUUUGCUUUCCACAUUCCCUUUCCAGCUUACAUUGUUGCCAUUUCACACAAAAGAUCAAAUAGGGAUUCAAAUUUCUUACAAAUGUGAAUUGCUCCCUAAAUUAGGUAACCAAAGUCAGGGGCUCUAGGUAUGGCUGUCUUCCAUUAUGACAGCUUCAGAAUCAGGGAUCUCUUCCUUAAAGCUUGCAUGCUGUCUUUUAAUUUAAUCAGUUGUGGUUUGUUCUUUAUGUGUCAUGCUUUUUGCUUGUCUACUUUUUAAAUGGCCACUCUUUAUCUGUAGUCUUAUACUUCUCAGCCUCAGAAUGAGAUGUUGUAUGAGCACCUGUUCUUUUCUGUUACUUUGUACUUAGUUGCCCUGCAUUUUGUUCCAGAUGUUUUAAGUCCUCUCCAGGCUAAAUGCUCCAUUUGUCACACUGGAUUGUGAUUUCUGAUUUUGGCUGCAUGAACAAAUGAUAGAUUAACCUCUUGCUUUGCUGAAAAGGGGGAAAGAAUGAACCUUUGGUGUCACACUUGAGGCUAGAGCGAAAUUGUAGGUAGAGCUGGUUGGCUGUGUCAGAAAGCUUUUUUUUUUUUUUUUUGAAAUAUCUAUCUGUAAAUUCAGGUGGAUCUGUAUAAAAUUUAAUGAAAAGUUAAUUGUAAUGAAAAGUAAAAUGAACAAACUGUGUAACACCACCUCUUCAAGAAGUGGAACAGUGCUAGCACCACUGCACCCUUCAUUGGUCCCUUCCUAGUCAUAGCUUCUCAACCACUAGAGAUAAUUUUCAUUCUGACUUCUGUGACAGUCGUGUUCUUUUUCUUUUUACUUUUAUCACCUUCAUAUCCCUCAACAACAUAGUUUUGUUUGCUUUUGAGUUUUAUGUAAAUGGAAUCAUGCUGUAUUUUAUGUUUUCCUUCUUUUAGCGUUGCUAAAUUCAUCCAUGUUGUGUGCUACUGUAGUUCAUUCAUUCCAGUUUCUUUGUAGUAUUCAGCUAUGUGACUGUAUCACAAUUUACUUAUCCCUUCUACUAUUGAUAGACAUCUAGCUUUCUUCCGGUUUGGACUGUUAUUAACAGUACUACUGUGAACAUUGUUGUGUAAGUACCUUUCUAUAUGUGUGUGUCAUACACACCUAGGAAUAGAAUUCCUGGGUUAUAUGAAGGGAAUAUUGUCAACUUUACUAGUUAAUGCAAAUGGUUGUGCCAGUUUACAGCCCAUCAGUCUUUGGCGGGAAUGUGAAUUUAAGAUCCUGGUUGAAAGUGUGUUGUCCAAAAAUAGAACGAUGGCAAAAAUGCCCCUAAAUCAGGGAUUCCUCUGGUAAAGGCAUGGGGUAGAUGAAUGGCCCAAUAGGAUAAUUAAUACCUAUCACAAACCCUAUAUUGGUUUAGUAUCUUUUAAGAAUAGAAGCGUAUCUCCCAAUUUCCUUCUUUGAAAUGAUUCUUUAUGUUAAUUAGGACAAAUGUGACUGCAACUCCUUAAAAUAGAAAUUGAUUUCUUUUUUAAUGUGAAUGUGUUCUUCAAGCCAGACUUACAAAGCUGUGAGGAGCCAUCUACACAUAGAGUAGAUGUGAACAGUGAGAGGGGCCCAGUAACAUGACUGGGUAAACAGGAAGAGGCAGGGCUCUGAGGCAGCUCAGAGUUUCUUCUUUUAGUCCAUCUCAUAUUCAAGACCCACCUUGUGGAACUGCAUGGGGAACUGGGAAGAGGUAUCAGAAAUUUGAGGCGACCCAAGAUAGGAUGAUUCUGGAACCCUGAGGACUCUGCAAUAUGAAUAAUUCUCUGGAAAACACCAUUUCCUUUGAAGAGUACAUCAGAGUAAAGGCGCGGUCUGUCCCGCAACACAGGAUGAAGGAAUUUCUGGACUCGCUAGCCUCUAAGGGGCCGGAAGCCCUUCAGGAGUUCCAGCAGACAGCUACCACUACCAUGGUGUACCAACAGGGUGGGAACUGCAUUUACACAGACAGCACCGAAGUGGCUGGGUCUUUGCUUGAACUUGCCUGUCCAGUCACCACCAGUGUUCAGCCGCAAACCCAACAAGAACAGCAGAUUCAGGUUCAACAGCCACAGCAGGUUCAGGUACAGGUGCAGGUACAGCAGUCUCCGCAGCAGGUCUCGGCUCAGCAGCUCUCCCCGCAGCUCACUGUUCACCAGCCUGCCGAGCAGCCCAUCCAGGUCCAGGUGCAGAUCCAAGGCCAAGCACCACAGCCGGCAGCCCCUUCCAUCCAGACCCCGUCUCUGCAGAGCCCCAGCCCUUCGCAGCUGCAGGCGGCCCAGAUCCAGGUGCAGCACGUGCAGGCAGCCCAGCAGAUCCAGGCUGCAGAGAUUCCAGAGGAGCACAUCCCACAUCAGCAGAUCCAGGCUCAGCUGGUGGCUGGCCAGUCUCUUGCUGGGGGUCAGCAGAUCCAAAUCCAGACCGUGGGUGCCCUUUCCCCACCACCGUCUCAGCAGGGCUCACCCCGGGAAGGGGAACGGCGGGUUGGCACAGCCAGUGUCCUCCAGCCAGUGAAGAAGCGCAAAGUGGACAUGCCCAUCACUGUGUCCUAUGCCAUCUCAGGGCAGCCGGUGGCUACCGUGCUGGCCAUUCCACAGGGCCAGCAGCAGAGUUAUGUGUCUUUGAGGCCAGACUUACUGACAGUAGACAGUGCCCACCUGUACAGUGCCACUGGGACCAUUACUAGCCCUACAGGAGAAACCUGGACCAUCCCUGUUUACUCUGCCCAGCCCCGUGGGGAUCCUCAGCAGCAGAGCAUUACCCACAUUGCCAUUCCCCAGGAAGCCUACAAUGCAGUUCACGUCAGUGGCUCACCCACGGCCCUGGCAGCUGUAAAGCUGGAGGAUGACAAGGAGAAGAUGGUGGGCACCACAUCUGUAGUGAAAAAUUCCCAUGAAGAGGUAGUGCAGACCCUUGCAAACUCUCUCUUUCCAGCACAGUUCAUGAAUGGCAACAUCCACAUUCCAGUGGCUGUGCAGGCUGUGGCAGGCACCUACCAGAACACAGCUCAGACUGUCCAUAUAUGGGACCCCCAGCAGCAGCCACAACCACAAACCCCCCAGGAACAGACGCCGCCGCCGCCACCGCAACAGCAGCAGCAGCAGCUCCAGGUUACUUGUUCAGCUCAGACUGUCCAGGUUGCUGAAGUUGAACCUCAGUCACAGCCACAGCCUUCCCCAGAACUUCUGCUUCCAAAUUCUCUGAAGCCAGAAGAAGGGCUUGAAGUAUGGAAAAACUGGGCCCAGACCAAGAAUGCUGAGCUAGAGAAGGAUGCUCAGAACAGACUGGCACCCAUUGGGAGGCGCCAACUGUUGCGAUUCCAGGAAGAUCUCAUUUCUUCUGCUGUGGCUGAGUUGAACUAUGGGCUCUGUCUAAUGACACGGGAAGCUCGAAAUGGAGAAGGUGAACCCUAUGAUCCAGAUGUGCUCUACUAUAUUUUCCUGUGUAUUCAAAAGGUAGGAAACAGAACUUCAAAGGAACAUGUUUGAGCUGUGUUCCCGUUU